AGACAAGCGGAAUCUUUAACUUGAUGCCCGCAGCGGCGGCAAAGUAGCAGCAUGUAAACAAACUGCUGCCAACGUGCCUGUCUUAUGUCGGUGUAGCACAAAAAAUCUCUUCUGGCAAUUCCGGAAGAACGAUGCGUUUGUAAUUUCACAAAUACUGCGUUAGAGCAGGUGUUUACCAUGGGCGACAAUCCCAGCACUACGAACAGACCAGUCAUCAAAAUUACGCAUUUUAGCACUUCUCCACUGCUAGCGAACGAAAGUGGUCGUCCAACGGGAAAAAGACUAACAAUUCCGGAAGUAUACGGCGUCUCGGAUAUCCCGAACCCCGAAUUAAUUAAAGCCCACUUUUUUACGGAAGACCGAUUAGACGAAACUUUGGCUCUUCGGAUACUCCAUGACGCGUCUGAGAUCUUCCGUACCGAACCCAACGUUCUCGUCCUCCCUUCCAACAUUACCGUCGCCGGCGACAUCCAUGGCCAAUUUUACGACCUCCUCACGAUUCUCCGCACUGGUGGACCCCACUUCUUAUUCCUCGGCGACUACGUCGAUCGUGGCAGCUUCGGGAUCGAGUGCAUCCUGUACCUCUUCGCACUAAAGAUCUCCUUUCCCACCAAAUACUUUCUCUUACGCGGCAACCAUGAAAGUCGGCAUCUCACCGAGUAUUUCACAUUCAGGCAUGAAUGUCUGGUUAAAUACUCCAAAACCGUGUAUGACGCUUGUAUGGAUGCCUUCGACACACUACCACUGGCAGCGAUCAUCAAUCAGCAGUUUCUGUGCAUUCAUGCCGGUCUUUCACCGGAGCUCCACACCAUCGCGGAUCUGAAUAAACUCCCACGGUUUAAGGAGACCAGCAGUGCCGGUCUCAUGUGCGAUAUCCUCUGGUCAGACCCAGUUCAAGAAUUCGGGAAUGAGCUAACUCCGUACUUUUACCUACAUAAUACAGCGCGUGGAUGUUCAUAUUAUUACAGUUAUUACGCCGUGGAGGAGUUUUUGCGGAGGAAUAAAUUACUGGGAAUUAUCCGUGGUCACGAAGCACAGAGUGCCGGGUUUAAAAUCUAUAAGAGCAAACAAGCCGAUAGUUAUCCAGUUCUCAUUUCCAUCUUUUCCGCGCCGAAUUACAUGGAUGCGUUCAAGAACAAAGCCGCGGUGCUGAACUACGCCGACGGGAAAAUCCACAUUCGACAAUUUAACAGUGUAGAGCAUCCAUUCUGGCUGCCCAACUUUGCGGACGCGUUUACGUGGUCAUAUCCGUACAUUGUCAGAAAAGUGCGGGAGAUCAUCUUGGUUGUAUUGAGUAUUUGCACGGAGGAAGAACUGGCCGAGAGCGAGAAAGACAGUCGCCGGCGCCGAGCGGUAGAGCGGAGUAAGCGCGUGUUUACGUUGAAAGUGCGCGCGGUGGAGAAGUUCGUGGAGCACUGUAAAGGGAUCGAACAGUGUCAACCGUAUAAGGACUUCUUGACUCUCGAUUAUUUCCCUUCCCCGGAGAAUGAUGCUCUCUUUGACAAAAUUGAUGUUAUAGACGAUACGACCGUUUCCACAGAAACAAAAAGUCUGCUUGUUAAAGCAACGUCAUUGCCGACUGAUUUACGGCACCUUGGCAAGACAACCAGCGGUGAUGCACGCGGAGACGCACCAGUAAUUCGGUCCAGUCAAAGUGUAGCACACUUUUCGAUUGGUGACGAUAGCGAUGAGGAAGAUUGAACUGUUGAGUUUUGAACUGUUCUUGAACGUCUUCCCCCGAGAAACACAUUUUUUAAUAACAUUGUUUGUUGUCUGCUUUAUUUGUCAGUGAUGUCACCAUUCUAAAUUUUAAUCGAUUUGUUGCUGAAAGGAAUUACAGUAUGCUUGAACAGGUGCCCUUUCCACUGUUAGUUGGAAAAACAAGCCCAAACUGGU